AAGCUGCACGAGCUGCACGAGCUGCACGUGUUGUUUGCCUCUUCAAUGCCACGUCAGCUGCUACGAGAGGAGAAUCGUGUUGUGUCUUGUCGGGCCCUGAAAACACAAUUCGCGAUAUCGACUUUCACUGUUUGGUUUCCUUUUAAGCGUUAACAUUUACAGGAAACAUAUACUUGUUUACAGGUGGCUGUGUUUAAACAGUGUUGUUACACUAUGCACGAGUUGAGGAUGGCGGCAUGCAAGACAAAAGCAGCUUCUGUCGUCGUGAUGAUCCUGUCGCUAUAUAUGAUCAUCCAGGAGCACAUCUGGGCUCAAAUAACUCCAUAUGUUACGUUCUCGGGCACCGUGGAAUUGUCCAACCGUGAAAUACUAUGGGAACCAAAAAGACCAGUUGCCUUAGAAACCGUCACUUUUGAAGCUCUGCUAAAAGACUACACAAAGAAAUUGAAAGAUAUACAAACUUCAGGGCUGUGGAGAAAGAAUAUAGUGAAACCAUGCGAUGAAGAGAUACAUCCAGGCUGGGCUUGUGUUGAGUCCUCCUGUCCUCGACCCCAGCCUACAACACCCGAGGACAACCUUAGAAGUGUCUUGUCCACCAUGUCGGACCUCAACCACCAGCAUCUCAGCCUCAUGCUGGGGCUAUUCCCAGAACCCCCCUCGGGCAAAAGAGUCAUGUUCGUCAGUGCAGCGUCCAAAAACCACUACCAUGAGUCACAGGGUCUGAUGAGGAAUCUCCAUCAGAACGUCUUCCCCUACAUCAGCAACUACACAUUCGUGUAUUACGACCUCGGACUGUUGCCAGAGCAACGUAAAAAGAUUGAAAAACAUUGUCGUUGUGAAGUUCGGAAGUUCCCACAGAAGUACAUGCCGCUCAGACUCCAGAACCUAGGCUGUUUCGCGUGGAAGCCGUUCAUUAUACAGGCUAACCUCCCAAAGACAGAAAUAUUGGUGUGGGUCGACUCGUGCGUCAGGUUCUGGAACAAGACCGUUCCCCACCUGCUGAAAGACGUGGAGAGACGAGGCAUUGUCACCUUCGGCAGCAACUACUCCGUUGCCCAACACACAAUGAAGGAAACGGUCGCCUACAUGAAGGAGGACACUUGCAGUCUGACUCCCGUCCCAGAGGAUCAGGGAGGGUUCCUGCUAUUCCACAACGAGCAGUGGAUACGAGAGGCAGUUAUCAAACCCUGGGUAGCAUGUGCUAUGAGUUCCAAGUGCAUGUGCCCUCGACAUUCAAGUCACAUGAAAAGAUGCAACGUCAAAGUCCGAAAGUACAAUAAGUGUCAUCGGUUUGACCAGUCGGUAAUCAACAUCAUACUACACAAACUGUUUCGCGGGCACGGACGUAGCUUUUACUCCCCAUUCAACGAGCGUCCAAAUGUGACGUUUGCACGUGGAGGGAAUGAUGACUAUUUUGGGGAACUUGACAGAUCUUCACACAUCAUAUGUAAAACACUGGGAAUCAGUGGAUGUUAAAGUUCAGGUACAUCAGCCUUACUGCAUUGUUUAGUUUAAGGACCAGUAUUUUAGGACCAAUUUUAAUUUGAUUUUUUGUUAUUAACAUUAUUGACAUUGUGUGAUUAUUUUUAUGUACGCAGAGAUGAUGAUUUUUCACCGUUAUAUUAUUUUAUUACGUUUGACGGCAUGUGUAUAUUUUUUGCUCUUUGUUAUAUUGUUGUUAUUAAGCUCUGAGCGGAAAGCAGUACUUGUCCAUGGUUGUGUGACUUGAUGUUUCAUAGGGGCUUGGUGGCCCUGUCGUGGAAGAGUUGCGUCCCUUGGGCACGCGAGCAAACACAUGAUCGUGGGUUCGAAUUCCGGUUCGCCCUGAUUAUGUGGUUUGUCAGCACCAGACCCGUAGGUUUCAACAAAGUGGU